AUGUCUCGAGUGAAAGAUUCGGAAAAAGAGGUCCAAGGAAUCUCGAAUUUACACACUACAUCCAACUCAAAUUCAGAUGACAUUGGAAUUUCCAAAUCCGCUCAUACACUUUACAUUCUACCCGUCAGCAAAUCUUCAGAAAAAGAAAAAGGAGAGAUCGCAGGUAUGGAGUCUCCUCUCAAAAGCGAAGAUGUUUCUUCGGAAAAAACGGACAAGAUGGAUAAAAGAGAUGAGAGAAAUGGGGGAGAAGAAGAUGGAGAUGAAAAUCAUGAAUAUAUCUCUGGAUAUAGGAUCUUGGUGGUCAUGACUGCCAUUACACUUACGACGUUUUUGGCGCUGUUGGAUACGACGAUUGUUGCUACUGCCAUCCCCCGCAUAACCUCGCACUUCCACUCCCUCCCCGACGUCGGCUGGUACGGAAGCGCCUACCUGAUCACCAACUGUUCACUUCAACCUCUCUCGGGAAAACUCUACACAUAUUUCAGUUCCAAAUAUGUAUUCCUUUCCUUUUUCUUCCUCUUCGAAUUUGGUUCUUUGAUAUGUGGUACGGCCGUUUCGUCGGAUAUGUUGAUUGUGGGACGAGCGGUUGCGGGCAUGGGCUCGGCGGGUUUGAUGAAUGGUGCGAUUACGAUUUUGACGCAUGCGGUGCUGAUUGAGAAGAGACCGGUUUAUUUGGGAUUUAUGAUUUCGACGGCGCAGUUGGCGUUGGCGGUGGGGCCGUUGAUUGGGGGGGCGCUGACGCAGUAUGCUAGUUGGAGAUGGUGCUUUUACAUUAAUCUCCCAUGCGGCUUCCUCGUCAGUCUUCUUCUCCUCUCCAUCACCAUCCCAGAGCGUCUCCACCCCACCGCCCUAACCCUCACCCCUCUCCAACGAAUCCAACACCUCGAUCUCCUAGGCUUCUUCCUCUUCGCACCCACCGCCAUCCAAUUUCUUCUCGCUCUAGAAUGGGGCGGAACAAUGUAUCCCUGGUCAUCCUCUCACAUAACCGGACUUUUCAUUGGAUCGUUCUUCAAUUUUCUCCUGUUUCUCUACCGCGAAUAUCGCGCGGGAGAUGAAGCUAUGAUUCCUUUAUCUCUUGUGAGAAACACUGUCGUGUGGACAUGCUGCUGUACGAAUUUUUUGUUUAUGGCAGGUAUGUUGACAUUGAGUUAUUACUUGCCGAUUUAUUUUCAGGGGGUGAGGGGUGUACAACCGACGAUGAGUGGAGUGUAUACUUUACCGGGGAUUUUAUCACAAAUGUUGUUUGCGAUUAUCUCGGGGUUUGCUGUGCAAAGAAUAGGCUACUAUCUUCCCUUCAGUAUCGUGGGCGGAUGUUUUGCCGCGAUAGGAUAUGGUUUGAUAUCCACCUACACACCCUCCACUCCAGCAUCGAAAUGGAUCGGCUAUCAGAUCCUUGGUGGAAUCGGUCGUGGUCUCUCUAUGCAAAUGGUAAUAAUAGCCAUCCAAAACAACCUCACCGGGACCAAAAUCGUCAUCGCACAAACCCUCGUGAUAUUUUUCCAAUACCUCGGCGGGGCACUCUGUCUUACUUUCGCAUCUACAAUCUUCGCCGCGAAACUCAAAUCCGGAUUGCGAGUUUAUGCGCCCACGGUGGAUCCGCAACUGGUGAUUGAAGCGGGCGCGACGGCGUAUAGAAAUGUGAUACCGAAGGAUCAGGUGAUGAAUGUGGUGACGGCGUAUAAUCCGGCGAUUAAUCAUUGUUUUUACUUGGCGGCGGGAUUGGCGGCGGGAGUUAUGUUGUUUGUGUGGGGAAUGGGGUGGAAGAAGAUUGGGGGAAAGAGUGAUGGGAAGAAUGGGAAGAAUGAGAAGGCGGGACCAGAGGGCGGGGCGGAAGUUUGA